UCCGCGCGUCGUGUUUGAAAUUGCCAGCCUUACCGGUGGGCUUAUCUGCGCGGCCCUUCAGCACCCUAGACGUCGUCCAGCCAAAACCCCAACUCGGGAUUUUUGGCGCCAUAGCCGCGACUGCUGUAAACACGAAACGGGAGAAUAGAGCGCUAGGGCGAGGGAGAGAAGGGUUUCAGCAGAGAUGGUGGAGGCGACCGCUCCAAUGGAGAUCGACGGCGACGCGCCCCUGGCAAGGCCCAAUAAGGGCAAGGCUGCCCUCGGCUCCGACGGCAAGUCCGCCCCGUGGGUCGAGAAGUACCGUCCCCAGUCCCUCGCCGACGUCGCCGCCCAUCGCGACAUCGUCGACACCAUUGAUCGGCUGACGAACGAGAACAGGCUGCCCCAUUUGCUUCUUUAUGGGCCGCCGGGGACCGGGAAGACGUCGACGAUUCUGGCAGUGGCACGGAAGCUGUAUGGGGCGCAGUACCACAACAUGAUUUUGGAGCUCAAUGCAUCUGACGAUAGGGGGAUUGAUGUCGUUCGACAGCAGAUCCAAGAUUUCGCCAGUGCACGGAGCCUCUCCUUUGGUGCAAAGUCUUCUGUGAAGUUGGUCCUGCUGGAUGAGGCAGAUGCUAUGACUAAGGAUGCACAGUUUGCAUUACGCAGAGUGAUUGAGAAACAUACAAAGAGCACUAGGUUUGCACUUAUCUGUAAUCAUGUCAACAAAAUUAUUCCAGCAUUACAGUCAAGAUGCACUCGGUUUCGGUUUGCUCCGCUUGAUGCUUCUCAUAUCAGAGAACGACUUGAAUAUGUGAUAAAGGCUGAAGGGCUUGAUGUGGUUGAGAGUGGCUUAACUGCCCUGGUACGGCUGAGCAACGGUGACAUGAGAAAGGCUCUGAACAUACUGCAGUCAACACAUAUGGCUUCUCAGCAUGUAACAGAAGAAGCUGUCUACCUCUGCACUGGAAACCCAAUGCCAAAAGACAUUGAGCAGAUAGCCUAUUGGCUGCUUAAUGAAUCAUAUACAGCCAGUUUUAGAUAUAUAUCUGAUAUUAAAAUGAAGAAAGGACUGGCCUUGGUUGAUAUUGUGAGGGAAGUUACAAUGUUUGUUUUCAAGAUCCAAAUGCCAUCAGAUGUUCGAGUUAAGCUAAUCAACGAUUUGGCUGAUAUUGAGUAUAGAUUAAGUUUUGCAUGCAAUGAUAAAUUACAGCUUGGAUCGCUCAUCUCUACAUUCACAAAUGCUCGUUCUGCUCUGGUCGCUGCUGCCCAGUGAACUUGCAUCCUUUGGUUGGUUUUGUUUCCUGGAACAUCUUUGCGUUGCAUAUAAUAGUUAAAAGGCAUGAUGCCCUCCUACCCGCUGUAUUGUGUUGAGUGAGUGUGACCGAAGUAAUUUCUAUGGAAAGACUGACUGAUGAUGUACACAAGGAAAUGUAGCUUUACUGAGACUAUGGAUGUAAGCUAUGUUAUAUGUUUUUUUAAAAUCCUGCGGGUCACCUAAACAGAAUGCAAUCUUAUCGUGUAGCUUUGUAUUUUAAGUCAAGACGCCUUUUAAAAUUUACCGCUGCAGGAGAA